AUGACUCAUUAAUUAUCAAACAUAGAAAAAAUAAAAUAGUAACUUCAUCUUUAACAUUAAGUUAAAGAGAUACUUGCAAAAGAAUAUGUAGAUUUACAAGACAAAGAGCAUUUUGAAGUAAUUGUUGGAGUUUUGGAGAAACCCAAAAAGUUGAGAAAUGCAAACGAUUUAUAAUUGUUAGCAAUGGCCUUCUCAUCAAUUAAAUAUUUUUAAGAGAUGAGCAAGACCACCAGUUAGGAUGAAAUGCUUAAUUUAUUUAGAGAAUUGCAAUAUAUAGAAGUACCUGCCAGAAGAACUUUAUUUCGUUUGGGAGAUAUAGGAAAGAACUUCUAUAUAAUUUUGAGCGGUUCAGUCUGGGUGUUGGUUGCCAGAUCCGGUUUAUAAAGUGGUACAUUCUCAAAAAAGGAUGAGAACAAUAAAGAUAAAAUCGAUAUAGAUGAAGGAACCUUUUAAGAUGAAAAUGAAUUCAUCGAAUUGGAUGAUGAAAGUAUGCUUGUUUAAAAAUAUCCAAAUUUAAUGAAAGUUGGUUAAAUAGCUGCAGGAGGCAGUUUUGGUGAAAUAGCUCUUACUAACUUUAUCCCAAGACAAGCUACCAUCGUUUGCAAGGAGAAUUCCCAAUUCAUCACUUUAUCAAGGGAAGCCUUUAAUAAAUUUCUAUCUGAAUAUUACAAUCGAAUUCAAUAGAAGAAUUUUGAGUUUCUCAAAUCAAUUCAGAUAUUCAAGGCAUGGAAUGAUGCAGAAUUAAGUUAAAUGUAAUAUCAUCUUCAGCCUUUGGAAUAUUGUUACGACACACUGAUAUUUAAGGAAGGAGAAAUAGUCAAGGGAGUCUAUUUUGUGUUAGAAGGUUAGAUCGAAAUAACUUAGAAUGCCAAAAAUGAUAAUCACUUUGAUUAACCAUUCGGUCGAAGAUUGCAAAGAUCAUAUAGCCAAAAGAACAUUCAAAUAAAAUUAAAUAGGUGUGGAUAUGGAUAAUUAUUCGGAUACUUAGAAAUAGUCUCUAAUUAAGAAUUUCGAUAAUCAAAAGCUGUGUGUUUAACAGAAAAAUCCAAAAUGCUAUUCUUGCCAGCAGAUAGGUUUAAAUUAUACUGUUGCAAUGGAUCAACCUUGUCAGAGUUGAACAAAAUGAUUGAAAAGUUAGAUGAAAACAAGAGAAUAUCUAAGGAAAUAUUCUUAGGUAAUUCAAAUCACCAUUCAAGUGGAUUUGAUUUCUUAACUUAAUCACCUAGCUAUUUGAUUAAAACAUAGGAUGAAGAUGAUAAAUUUGCAUAAGUUAAUUUAACCUAAUAGAAUCGUUAAUCAUCUCAUAAAAUGAAUCAUUCACAAAAAAAUACUGAAAGGAAGCCUCAAAAAGUUGUUUAGGAGAUUUUAGUUACUAUGAAUUUAUUUCAUCACAUUCAAAAGAGAAGAAACAAGAACUUACUUUUGAAUGUCCACUUAUUGAGAUUCAAUAAAGUAGAAAAGCAAAGAUACUAUAAUAAUAAUUAUAGCAUUAAUAAUAAACUCAAAAUUUGA